GCUAUUUAUUGUUAAGUUAUCAAUCUCCUUGUCUCUUCUGUUACCCUCUGGUGAUCCGUCUCCAAACUCCACAGGCAGAUUCUUAAGAUUUGAGGCCAAGUAAAACUUGAUAGAAAAUUCCAUCAAACUUACUAUUAUUUUUUUUCUAAAAGCCUUUCACAUCAAUCAAACAAAGCAAACAUCAUUAAGAAAACUGUUUCUUUUUUUCUCUCUUCAGUUUUCGUUUUCGUUCUCUCUUUCUUGUUCUCUCCAUUAAUGGCCAACAACACUUCUUUGAUUCUCUAUUACUUUGGUCACAGACGAUUCUCCUCUUCUUCAUUCAGGUCAUUCUUCUUUAUACCCACUUGCUUAGCACUCGUUACUUCUCUUUUUAUUCUCUUUUACAUCUCCACUACUUCUAAUCUCUUCUCUUAUCAAUAUCAGACUUCCACUCUUUCUCUAAAUCCCCAUCUCUCAAUCGGGUUAUCAUCGAAUACUCAAGAAAGCAACCCGUUUCCACUUCUCAAUGAUUCUAGAAACCCAGUUGAUCAUUUGUCCAGAAUUAAUCAUUCGGUGAAGAAUGGAAGUCAACAGUCUUCUAGAACUCAGUUGAGUUCUAACGGAAUCAAUGUGAAAAACGAGGUGUUCCAUGAUAGAGAUAUCUUUCAGGAAGACUAUAAAGAAAUGAAUAGGAGCUUUAAGAUAUAUGUUUAUCCUCACAGGCAAAAUGAUCCAUUUGCAAAUGUGCUCUUGCCGGUGGAUUUUGAACCUGGUGGUAAUUAUGCCAGUGAAAGUUACUUCAAGAAGGUUCUUAUGAAAAGUCACUUCAUCACAAAGGAUCCAACAAAAGCAGAUCUUUUCUUUCUGCCUUUCUCUAUUGCAAGAUUGCGACAUGACCCUAGAAUUGGAGUAGAAGGUAUCCAAGAUUUCAUCAGAGCUUACGUCUACAAUAUAAGUCAGAAGUACCCAUACUGGAAUAGGACUGGUGGAACAGACCAUUUUUAUGUUGCUUGUCAUUCCAUUGGACGGACAGCUAUGGAGAAAGCAGAGGAGGUGAAGUUUAAUGCCAUUCAAGUUGUCUGCUCUUCAAGCUAUUACCUUUCUGGAUACAUUGCUCACAAGGAUGCAUCUCUGCCACAAGUUUGGCCUAGACAAGGAGAUCCUCCUAACCUUGCUUCGUCAGAAAGGCAGAAGCUUGCAUUCUUUGCUGGAUCUAUCAAUUCUCCUGUCCGUGAAAGGCUUCUUCAAGUUUGGAGAAAUGACUCUGAAAUCUAUGUUCAUUAUGGCCGGCUCAAUACAUCUUAUGCUGAUGAGCUUCUGGGAAGCAAGUUCUGCCUCCAUGUCAAAGGCUUUGAAGUAAACACAGCUCGCAUUGCAGAUUCGUUAUAUUAUGGAUGUGUCCCAAUCAUCAUUGCCAACCAUUAUGAUCUUCCAUUUACAGAUAUUCUAAACUGGGAGAGUUUUUCAGUAGUUGUUGCCACUUUAGACAUUUUAUAUCUUAAGAAAAUUCUGCAAGGAGUAAGUUCCGACAGAUAUGUGAUGUUACAAAGCAAUGUGUUGAAGGUGCGAAAGCAUUUCCAGUGGCAUUUUCCUCCAGUUGAUUAUGAUGCUUUCCACAUGGUUAUGUAUGAGCUGUGGCUUCGGCGAAGUUCUGUUAGGGUUCUUUGGCAUGCUUCCAAAGUUGGCAAACAAUAAUUAUGCAAUUCUCUUCUUUUCAGAAUCAGGUUUUAAUGGGUUCAAAUGGCAUUGUGCAUAUGUACAUGUUUGUAUUGAUUUUUUUUAACUCCUAAUGAAGCUUACAAGCAUAAUCGGAUACGAUGACUUCAUUUCUUUGUAAUACAAAGAUACAAGAGCAUUUCUAAUUGAAGAAAUAUUGGCAGAAUUUUAUUAUGACUA